CACGAGUUGAUGUGGCUGCUGCUCCUGCCACACUAACCGGACGACCGUUUCAGUGAUGGUGGGCAGAGCAGACAAGCUCGGACAACAACUGGCCUGAGGCUUAUUCCCAAUAAUUGUGAGGCUGACUCAAAUAGUUCGCUCGCUGGAGUCUCUCUUUUGGUCGACUAUCAGGCAAAAUGCGCACAUGCCUGUCUGUCUCUUCUCUGUUAAACAAAGGGACUCCUCAUUGAAUUUCGUGUUAUAUGGCAGUAUCACAAGACCUUGAUCAUCUCAACUUGAUACAAACCCGUUAAUAAGGAUCAUAUAAAUCUCAAAAUGGCAGCCAAUUCCUCCCAAGUCGUGGAAGCCUUUAUCACUGCUGUGCGGAACCUCGCUUCAGAUGACAACUACAAGACAAUUGAAGGCACAUUUGAUGAAAUUCCCCGAUUGGAAAGACUGAUUAAAUCCAAAGACGACGAACUGGAUCGUGUCAAAAGAGAGGUUACUGACCUCAAAUCCAAACAUGAGGGCCGCCUACAACAAGAGCUGGAACUGUACCGGACACAGCGCAACAAGCAAGAAGAGGAGAAAACCAAGUUGUCCGGCAAUAUCUCCACUUUGACAGCAACUAUCAAGGAGAGAGACAAGGUUGUGGCAAGGCUUAGUCAAGCACAGAGCGGACCUCGGGGACAACUUGAUCUGGUCAAGAAGUCUUUGGAGGAGGAGAAGGUGAAGGUGACAAAUGCCAAUGCGGAAAUAUCAGAGCUACAAAAAAAUAUAAAAGCAAAGGAUAUCGAGAUCGAUAAUCAGAAGGAUCGUCUCAGAGACUCGGACACUCAAGCUUCAAAGACCAACAACCAACUCCAAGCUCUCCGAGAGGAUAAUGCCACUCUACGGCAAAGCUUACAAGCAACACGGGCAAGACUUAGCGAACUCAAUGGCUUUGCAAAGGAGUUACAUGAAAAUGACGCGGAAGUAUGGAUUAUUCGACUGGACGCAAUGUGGGAAUCUGCUCGCCAAUUGGUGACAUCACACUUGAAAGAGGAUGUCCCAGAAAGUAGCCUUGUAAGUCUGGACCGUUGGAAGAAGUUUAGAGAGUCUCAAGUUCUUGAUCGUCUUCCUCUUCCGCGGUCCAAUACGCUAGCAGCAAAGCGAAUGCGUAUUGUAGCAUUGCUGGUAAUCCUCGCAAGGUGGAUUAACGAUCUCAUAUUCCAACCGAUCUAUAUCCUGGACGAUGAGGAUGACGAGGUCCGGCUACUUCUAAUUCAUAUGGCAGUAGAAAAUAGCAAGAAGGAAUCAUUUUUCCGCGCUCUCCUACUCUCUAUAGACCCUGAAGAACACGAAAAAAAGGCUUUGAAGAGGGUCGAGCAAGUUGUCAGGGAAGUUGUUUGGUAUGUUCAGGAUAUGCUCUCUGACAUCAAACGCGAAAGCUUCAAGUCUAGCCUAGAGCAGGUGGUACAGCAAGCUUGCGACGCUUGGAAGAUCGCGCAGCGCUCCAGAAAAAAGUUCGAGCCCUAUUUUGACCUAAUCCCGUCUGACAGCCGGGAAUGGCAGCCACUCAGAUUCGAGAAGAGUGGUGCCGGUGCUGGAGAACAAGACUCGACGACGCCUUCCGACGGAGAUGAGGAGCUGCUUGUGGUUUUCCCUCGCAUCUAUUCUAUAGAGGGUGGCCCUCCAGAUCCAAUCACUAACGGAGUCGUGCUAAUGAAGUCGCAAUCAAUAGCGGCGAAGGCGGAGAUAGAGAGGAGGAAGUCAUCGAGUCCCACAGUGGGAAAGACGAUGUCAAGGUCGAGGCCAAACAAACCGCGGACUCAGUCCAUUUCCUUGAAUGCCGGCAAUGGGGUUUUAUCUCAACCAACCUAGUCAAGCCUAAAUUGAGAUGGUUCAAGCGGGAGCUAAACCUCUUGGCAGCAUAACAUCGAAUGUCUUGAGACGGGUUCGUGUCACGAAGAUAGAGCACAAGACACAUGUCAAAUUGAUGCGCAUAUAAAUCUUUAAUGAAACUCAAAAAUAU